UUUUUUCGUCGCAACGCAUUUCUCUUGGAUCGUUUAAUUUCACAAAUCAGUCCUCGAUCGGAAUGGAAAACUAUGUUUAUUUGCUUUUAUUUACCUCGUAAUCGUAAUUCGUAAAUAUAUGUACAUUUUCUCUUUCAUCAACGAACAUUCUCUUCAAUGCCAUCACUUCAGAAAACAGCAAUGCAUUUCUCUUGGUUCGUUUAAUUUCGCAAAUCAGUCUUCGAUCGGCUUUUGGAACUUUGAGAGAGCAGAGAGAGCCCAUCUCCCAUCUUGCAUCUCCCUUUUUUACUGACACUUACGCUGAGGCUGUCUCCCUUUUUUACUGACACUUACGUUGCCUUACGUUUUGGCGACACUUACGUUUUGUCUCUAAAAUAAAUCAUCCGCCACCGAGGCUCAGUCAGUUUUUUCGCAGCACGCAGCAAUGCAUUUCUCUUGGAUCGUUUAAUUUCGCAAAUCAGUCCUCGAUCGGAAUGGAAUGAGAGGUAGUCAUCAUGUCGGAGGAAAAUUCAUUGAUUGAAAUUCCCCGCAGCGACUGGACUAGGCUGCGGGAUUUGUAUGUCAAUAAAGAUACCGAUCCCCAUGGCCACUUGUGCAUAAAUAAUUUUAUCAAGUGGGUGAAAAAAGAUCCAGAUCUGAAAGUUACGUUCUUAUCAUUAAAUGGCGACUGGCAAAACGAUGGAACUUUUGUCUUAACUGUUGAUUUCGGAACACCUCUUAAGCAUCUAUACUUUAACACUCUUGGCGAUAGCUUGGAUCGUGUGAUAAGAGCCCUAGAAUGUCUUGAUUCCUUUGAGAAGAAAUAUAUCUUUUUUGGAUUUAGCUCUCGAAUGAAGCCGGCGGUAGAUCAUAUUGGCAGGAAGUAUUACAGCAACAAAGAAUUACUUGUUGAUGAAACCAUUUGGUAUAGUGCAAGCAAAGAAGUUAUAGAUACUUUUUGUACUGAGGCCCCUUCUGGCAUUACUCUCUUGAACUUGACUCUGGAAGAUGCAGAAACCAUUAAUGAAAUCUGGCCCCAUCGUUCACCCGGCUCAAUAAACUUUGUUAGAAGUUUAAUAAAGUAUAACGUAAAUUUAGGGGCUUAUGAUGACAACGGAAAAUUGGUUGCCUGGUGUUUGAGAUUGCCGAUUGGGUCCUUGGGUCUGUUGCAGGUUUUGGAAUCACAUAAAGGUCUCGGUCUGGGCAGCUUGAUGGUGAAAUCUAUGGCCAAGAAGAUAUCCGCACUAGGAGAUCAAGUUGUGGCCCCAGUUGUCACCCAAAACACGGCCUCGAGGAGCAUGUUUGAGAAAAUUGGUUUCCAAGCCAUAGACACAACCCAUUGGGCUUGUUGACAAUAUUAAACCAAACUGCGUAUACCUGUACGUCUAAAGAAGGAAGUUUACUUAUUAAAUUACAAAUAAAUUUA